UUUUUUUAACAAGCACUUUAAACUCACCUGUGAUCACUAUUUUCUCAGUAAAAUCAAGGACACCUGCUACCUUUUUGGUUGACUAACGUACUUAUUUGCACAAAAUUACCGUUUUAUGUAGUACUAGUGUAUUUUUUAUUACUUUAAAUAAAUACAGUUAAAUAAUUAAUAAAGAAGUUAAUUAAACACGUCAGUUAUCAUCAUGGCAUGUAGGAGAGGACGACAACCCUCAUUUCCAGCCCAGAUUGACAGAAAUGCAUCCAGCAAUGUGGACCAGCUGACUCUCAAGUACAUGGAGAUGUGCAAAGUGGGAUCCAGCACAGACUCUGACUCAGAAAUCAGUUCCAGAUGGCCAGAAACCAGUGCUGUGGUAUGUCCAAGGGGUGCAGCAGAGCCCGAGACGUCACGGCAGAUACACAGGAAGCCUAAAAGAUCAUGUGUCUGUUACUCCUUGUUGUUGGAUCCAUAUGAUGGGAGCUCAGAAGAUUCAGAGUCAAACAUCGAUGUCUCCAGCAGAAAAACAAGACAGAGGAAGAAUGGUGGAGCAGGAUUUCCCUAUUCAAGUCAAAGGCGGCGGUCCGUCUUAAAUCAGCCCGUUUAUAGAGGAAUGCUGAGGAGUGAAAUGAGGGACGGGAGUGACAUCCAGAUGAAGUACCACAGUGACUCUGACCUCUGGGACUGUGAGCUCGAGACUCUACCGUCUCACAUUGACAGCAGCGAUUGUAAAAUGGUUACAGAGGAAAGUGAAUCGGCGCUGCACAUUCACAGCAUGGAUGCAGAAUUUCAGCUUGGGGAUUCAGGUUUGCACGGAUCCAGAUCCUCCACGCCUCUAACACCUGGACUUGUGUCUUCAGUGGAAAGCUCCUGCAAAUUUAAAUCUUUGUGGAAGAGAAAGGUGAAUUUUUCUGCAGCAGACAUGGUGGAUCUAAGACCAAGAAAAAAGCAGUGUGUCGUUACAACCGAGGAGGAGAAGUAAUAAAUCGGAUUGAUUUGACUCCUUCGCCCACUGGCAGAUGUUGACUUCAACCUAAGGAGUGAUGUAUAUAAUUAUGUGAAAGAGCACUUUAAUUGAAUACAGCUACUAUCAUGUAUAAGAACAUUUUCUUUUUUUCAUUAAAAACAGUUUGCUAGUAAACCUAUUUUUUUUCACAUCAACAUUCAGGGGUAACUCCAUAACACCAUGCCUUAUUUUAUAAAGCUUUCUAUACAAGCCAACAAAUAUUUCAAAUAGAUUUUGUUGGUGGGAACUCUGUCAUUGGAAUUGUAUUCCAAACAAUAAAAAAAUUGUUCGUUCU